AUGUAAAUAUUAAAGAAAUUUGCAGAUUCGAAGUCAGCCAAAAUUGGAAUUAUAGUUGCUUUAGGUUUGAGUGGAAUUGUUUUGGGAUAUCAUUAAUAUGAUAAAGCAAGGAAAUCUAGCAUAAUUGUUACUUAAUGCCCACCUGUCACUUUAAAUGAAUUUGGAUAGAAUAGAUUCUUAACUUAAUCAGGAGCCAUUUAAAGAUGGGGUCAAAUUGUUUAAGGAAGUAUUUCUUAUAAAGUUGAUUUAUUAUUGAAAAAAGGUACAUAUUUAAUAAACAUGAUGAAUAGGUGAAUCUUAUAGUGGAUUAGUAGCAUUGGAUUUUGAAGCAAAGCAUAUUUUGACAGAUUUAUAUGUUGAUUUUAGAGGAAAGAAAGUAGUUAGUUUGUAUGUUAAUGGAAAUAAGAUUAAUAAUUUGGAUUGGAAUGGAUUAUUUAUUAAAAUACCUAAAGAAUAUUUGAGUGCAACUUAAAAGAAUAGAGUGAAUAUAUAAUUUGAUUAAAAUUAUGCUAAAGAUGGAUGUGGAUUACAUGGAUUUAUUGAUAAAGAUGGAAAAUAAUAUUUAUAUAGUUAAUGUGAAUCCUAUUUCACAAAUAGAUUGUAUAAGAAUAUUAAUGCAUUAGUUUUCCAUGUAUGGAUUAACCUGAUUUAAAAGCUUAAUUGAGAUUUACAGCAAUAUGUCCAAAGGAAUGGGUAGUAAUUUCAAAUGAAAAUGCUGAGCAAAAUGGAUAAUUUAAUGAGGCUUAGGCUAUUAAUAUAAUUAAGACAUAUUAACCUUAAGAAUUUGUGGAGAAUCAGAUUUAAAAUCUUGAGAAUUCAAAUUAAUACAAUUUUUGGGUUUUUGGGGGAACAAAAAUAUUACCUACUUAUUUAUUUGCUUUAGUGGCAGGAGAAUAUUGGUCAAUAAAAUAUUAAGGAGAAGAAGGUGAUAUUCCAUAGACUAUAUAUUGUAGAGAAAGUUUAAAAUAACAUAUGAUGGGUAUAAAGGAUUUUGUUUUUGAAGUUACAAAGAAGAGUAUGAAAUUUUAUGAAAAUUUUUUUGGAGUUAAAUAUUAAUUCAAUAAAUAUGAUUCUGUAUUUGUUAAUGAAUAUAAUUGGGGUGCAAUGGAAAAUCCUGGAUGUGUUACAAUUAAUGAUGCUUAUGUUUUUAAAGAAAAGAAACCAGCAACUACUUACACAUAAUUUGCUAUUCUAAUAACUCAUGAAAUGGCUCAUCAUUGGUUUGGAGAUUAUGUAACAAUGAAAUGGUGGAAUGAUUUAUGGUUAAAUGAAAGUUAUGCUGAAUUUAUUUCACACUUUUGUUUAGAAAAUAUUUAAAUUGAAUCAAUCAAAUUAUCUAAUAUUCCAGUUAUGUUCAAUUAAAGAAAAGGAUGGGGAUAUAGAGAAGAUUAAAUGGUAACUACACAUCCUAUUGCUGGAGAUGUUAUAAAUACUGAAGUAGCAGAAAAUAUAUUUGAUGGAAUUACAUAUUCUAAAGGAGCUUCAGUAAUGAAAUAAUUAAUGUGUAUUAUGGGAGCAGCUAAAUUUGGAGAGGCAUGUGGAAAUUAUUUUAGGAAAUUUGGAUGGAAAAAUGCUGUUUUAUAAGAUUUAAUUGAUCAUUUAUAAGAGAAAUUUGAUAAUCCAGAAUUUACAUUAUCAUAAUGGAAAUAAUAAUGGAUUGAAACUGCUGGUAUGAAUGAAAUUGAACCUUAAUGGGAUUAAACAGAUAGAACUCAUUAAGCAAAAUUAACUAUAUAUUAAAGACCUGCUUUAAGUUAAUUCCCUACAUUGAGAGUACACAAAAUUAAAAUAGGAUUAUUUCAUGAUAAUGGCAUAGAUUCUAUUGAUGCAGUACUUAAAGCAACUGAAGAAAAUAUUAUUACUUAUGAUGGUAGUAAAGGAUAUAGAGCAAUAUUAUUGAAUUAUGAAGAUUAAACCUUUGUAAAAGUAUUCCUUGAUUAAGAAUCUACUAAAUAUUUCAGUUAAAAUUUAUAAACAAUUAAUGAUAUUUUAACAAGAAAUUAAAUUUAUAGAGCCUUUUUUGAUAGUGUAAGAGAUGGUAAAAUAUGUUCAGAAGAAUAUGUUGAUUUCUUAUUGGCCUAAUUACCAAGAGAAAAUUCAGAUGAAAUUUUGAAUUCUCAAUUAGUUUACUUAUAAUAAUCAAUUGAAUCCAUGACACCAAGAAAGUACUGUAUUAUUAUAUAAAUUAGAUUCAAGGAAGUUCUUGGUAAAAGAGUAUUUGUUUUUCUUCUAGAAUAAUUAAUUAAAAUUAGCAAAGAUCCAUAAUCUGAAAAUAGAUUAAUGUUAUUAAGAAAUAAUUUAACAGUAUUUGCAUAUGAUAAAACUUGUAUUGAUUAAUUAUUAACUUGGUUUUAAGAUUAAAAUCAAGUAUUAUCAUAAAUUGAAUGUACAAAAGAUAAUAGAUGGGCAAUUGUUAAAUUAAUUUAUGGUUCUGAACAUUAUGAUCAAAAUUCUGAUUUGAAAUAACAAUUACUUUAAAAAAUGUUACAACUUGAUAAUUCUGAUGCAGCUACAAAAGCAUAAUUAAAAUGUUAAGCUCUUAAUGCAAAUGAAUAAGAAAGAGCUGCUCUAUGGUAAAAGUUCAUUGAUCCAAAUAAUAAAGAAUCAGUUAAAUUAAUAGCAGAAUCAAUGACUGGAUUCAAUAAUGAAAGACGUUAUCUUAGUUUAGAACCUUAUUAAGAUAAAUUCUUUGAUAUCAUUAUUUAAAUCUUCUAAACUAGAAGUAAUGAUUUCAGUAAAACCUUUUAUGAUAAUCUUUUCCCUAUCACUGAUGAUUUGGCCAGUCUUUGUAAUGUAAUAUUCAUAUUUUAAAUAUUAGAAAGUUGAAAAAUUGAAAGCAGAUAUUCCAUAAAAUUUGAUCACUCUUAAAAUAUAAGUGGAUAAAUCACUUGAUUAAAUUAAGAGAUAAGUGAAAUAGUUUGAAUGUUUCUGCAAUCAAGCCUAAUUAGUAAUAUAAUAAUAAGUAUAAGAAAAUUAAGCAUGAU